AUGCUCCCGCAUGAAGCUGCCUUCAUUUUUGGGACAUCUCUAUCGGGGUCCCCUGCCACGACAGAAGAUGAUGUCUUUGAGCUGGACGGCGCCGGUCUUGAUGAGAGCGGCGUUGAUCUCCCCUCUCCUUCAAAGGUCUUGCCUUUUCAGUACGAGGAUUGCGGCCUGGAAGAUAUGAUUACGAUGGUCUCCACGCUCAUUGAGGAUACUAUCCUCCACAAUGACGACGGCGCAACCAAUACUUGUUACGGCCAGGAAUUCCCAUCAGAGCCUACGUCUCUCGCCUCGCCACCCAUGCUAGGCUAG